AUGGCGGCAUCCGCCGGCCUCACAAGCGGCGAGGCGCUGCGCCUGCUCAAGCUGCAGGCGUUCUUCAGCCAAAUCCCCAGCAGGGACGCCGCACUCGCUGCGGCCGUCCUCUACGCCGCCACCAGCGUCGCAGUCCUCGCGACCACCAUCAAAACGCGAGCGUGGUUCAUGCUUAUCGUGGCCAUCACGGGCUUGUGCGAGGUGCUUGGUUUCGCCUUCAGAGUCGUCAUGAUUGCUGACCCCAAGCUUGCGUGGUUGGUGGCCAUGCAGCUGUUCCUUAUCGUGCCGCCCGUCCUCCUGGCGAUCGUCGAAUACGUCGCCGUCGGCCGCCUGCUGUGCAUGAGCGCGGCCGGGCGCGCGUCCAAGCUCGGCGGGUGGACGGCGCGGCUGUUCACGGCGUCCGACGUGAUCUGCUUGCUUGUCCAGGGGGCGGGCGGCAGCCUCGCGGGCACAUCCCAAGAGAAAGCCGAGGUUGGACGCGCGCUGAUCCUAGCCGGCCUGAUCCUGCAGCUGGGCUUCUUCACGUUGUUCACUGGUGUUGCAAUUCACGUGCAGCGGACCCCGCGUUUCGGCUUCCGCGGCUGCAUGGCGCUGCGGCCGAUGUUCGGCUGCAUGUAUGCAACCAUCGCGUUGAUGUACGUCCGAAACAUAUUCCGAGUCAUCGAGUUUGGCCAGGGGUACAAAGGAUAUCUUGCUACCCACGAGGUGUUCUUCUAUGUUUUUGACUUUGUCCCUAUCUUCUCAUGCUUCUUGCUUUUUACUUGGCUCAACUAUGGGUUCUACUUUGGCGCGGCUGAAGCCGCCGCGGCCGCGGCCGACGCACGCGCUGGUAGCAGUGGCGCGCCCAAGCUGGUGGGUGAUGUGGAGGCCGCUGCUGGCGGCAACGGCGCACUGCCAAUGGUGGUCGUCGAGGCGCUGGGUGGCUGA